AUGCAGGGUGUUAAAGCAGUGAUUGCCGAGAGCUACGAGAGAAUCCACCGUAGUAACCUGGUGGGGAUGGGUAUUAUACCAUUCCAGUACAAGGAGGGGGAGAAUGCAACCUCCCUAGGUCUGACGGGAAGGGAGACAAUCACAGUGGAACUGCCACAAAACUUGCAGCCUGGACAACUAGUCACUGUGCAGGCGAGUGGGGGAAAGUCAUUCCAAGUGAUAACACGUUUCGACACAGAAGUGGAACUGGUCUAUUUCCGAAAUGGGGGCAUUCUGAACUACAUGGUUCGCAAAAUGUUGAAUAAUGCAUAGAAAUGUUGGAUAGUGCAAAAAUAGGUUGAACAUGGCAUUAAAAAAAUGGACAAUACCUGAGGAAACAGACCAACUUUGAAAGAAAUAUAAAAGGAAUUUGUUUAGAAUGAUAUGGUGUGAAAAUUAUUGAAAAGUGCCCAUAAAAAAUCAGGUGAACUUCAAACUGAAAUUAAAGGAACUGCGUGAAUGUAUGUGCUGAAUGGUAGUUUAGAUUGUUAUUUAAUUAGAAAGGUCAGAAAAUAAUGUUCAAGCUUUUUUUCAUGAAUGUGAUUAAGUGUGAGUUAUUUGUUCAUGAGGAACAUCACAAAUCAAUCUUAAUAGUUGACUGAAAACAACUUUAUAAAUGUAAUGGUAGAUUAAACCUUUGUUUACCUUUGUUUUAAAGGAACUCGUUUACAGUUAAAAGGUCAAAUACCCCAAUUUGAACUCAUUGGGAAUAAGAGAUCUCCAUCAUGAAAACUGUUGGAGAGUUCCUUUAAAAUUUAAUCAUAGAAAUGAAGUGUUAUUUCACGUUCAAAUUGGUGGAUUCCCUAUAGAAAAUAUAGACAAUUUGAUUAGUGGUCUAUUACCCUUUGUGGGCUUGCAAAUUGCAAUUUUCUGGAAAAUACCCUUUCUAAGUCUCAAUUCUUACAGCGAAUAAUAAAUUUACUCCUUUCUAAAGUCUUUACCUCAUAAGAGAAACGUAAAACCAAUUUUCGCCAAUCUUCUGCCAUCUCCUUCAGUGCUACAACAUACACAAUGUGUUUUUGCAAAGUAACAUUUUGUUAUAUCUAAUAGGAAUGAAUGUUCAAUAGGUUAGUAAUAGUAUGUGGUUUGGAUGUUAAUUCACAUUUUGUAAGUAUUAAGUCCAUGUGUAUCUGUGAUUUAACAUGUAAGUUCAGUGUUUCAUGUACGAAAUACAGUGUGCCAUGUUUGUUAAAGAGUGUAAGAGUGAAUUAAAAUAGUUGAAAAUACAAAUUUCUGCUGUAAUGAAUAUUAAUUUAUUUACUAGUAUUAAUGUUUAUUUCUUUUGCCAACCUAUAGAAGCCAGGUGAUCUGUUUAUCAUAAUUAAAGUUAUACUAGAAACAGGUAUUUAUUGAUUAAAAAAUAGAUUUUGGUGCUAUUUUCACCCUCAUCAUGUGCAUAGUUUGAUACAUUUGUGUCAAGAGAAUAACAUGAUUGUGCCAAUGUCAGUAGUUAGAUAUAUAAAAUGCAUAAAACUGAUGUUUUGUUUUAUAGAAUUAUUUAUCACCAAAGCCACACACCUAGAAAUGCUUGCAAGAACAUUUUCUUGGCCGCUACUAAAAAUAAACAUUC